UGAACACCCAGACGCGGAAACAAUUACAGUGGAUGGACGCCUAGGCAGGGAACCGGCAAGUGGACACCUAGACACGGGACCAGGAGGUGAACACUUAGACAGGGAACCAGCAGGUGAACACCAAGACACGGAACCAGCAGUUGAACACUUAGAGAGGGAACCUGAACCGGCAGGUGAACACUUAGACAGGGAACCAGCAGGUGAACACUUAGACAGGGAACUGACAGGUGAACCCUUAGAGAGGGAACCAGCAGGUGAACACUUAGCCAGGGAAGCUGAACCAGCAAUUGAACACCUAGACAGGGAAUCAGCAGUUGAACACUUAGACAGGGAACCAGCAGGUGAACACUUAGACAGGGAACUGACAGGUGAACACUUAGAGAGGGAACCAGCAGGUGAACACUUAGCCAGGGAAGCUGAACCAGCAGGUGAACACUUAGACAAGGAAUCAGCAGGUGAACACUUAGACAGGGAACCAGCAGUUGAACACUUAGACAGGGAACUGACAGGUGAACACUUAGAGAGGGAACCAGCAGGUGAACACUUAGCCAGGGAAGCUGAACCAGCAGUUGAACACCUAGACAGGGAAUCAGCAGGUGAACACUUAGACAGGGAAGCUGAACCAGCAGGUGAACACUUAGACAGGGAAUCAGCAGGUGAACACUUAGACAGGGAACCGGAAUCAGCAGUUGAACACUUAGACAGGGAACUGACAGGUGAACACUUAGAGAGGGAACCAGCAGGUGAACACUUAGCCAGGGAAGCUGAACCAGCAGUUGAACACCUAGACAGGGAAUCAGCAGGUGAACACUUAGACAGGGAACCGGAAUCAGCAGUUGAACACUUAGACAGGGAACCGGAAUCAGCAGUUGAACACUUAGAUACGGAACCAGCAGAAGAACACCCAGAGAGCGAACCAGCAAGUGAACGCCAAGACAUGGAAAAAGCAGGUGAACAAUUAGACAGGGAACCGAAGCCUGCAGCUGAACAUCUAGACAUGAAACCAGCAGGUGAACACUUAGACAGGGAACCGGAACCAGCAGGUGAACACCUAGACACGGAACCAGGAGGUGAACACUUAGACAGGCAACCAGAACCAGCAGGUGAACACCAAGACACGGGACCAGGAGGUGAACACUUAGACAGGGAACCGGGACCAGCAGGUGAACACCAAGACACGGGACCAGGAGGUGAACACUUAGACAGGGAACCGGAACCAGCAGGUGAACACCUAGACACGGAACCAGGAGGUGAACACUUAGACAGGGAACCAGAACCAGCAGGUGAACACCAAGACACGGGACCAGGAGGUGAACACUUAGACAGGGAACCGGAACCAGCAGGUGAACGCCAAGACACGGGACCAGGAGGUGAACACUUAGACAAGGAACCGGAACCAGCAGGUGAACACCUAGACACGGAACCAGCUGGUAAACACUUAGAUAAGGAACCAGAUCCAGCAGGUGAACACCAAGACACGGAACCAGCAGGUGAGCACGUAGACAGGGAACCGGAACCAGCAGGUGAACACCUAGAUAGCGAACCAGGAGGUGAACACUUAGACAGGGAACUGGCAGGUGAACACUUAAAGAGGGAACCUGAACCAGCAGGUGAACACUUACAUAUGGAACCAGCAGGUGAACACUUAGACAGAGAACCAGCAGGCGAACAUUUAGACACUGAACCGGAACCAGCAGGUGAACACUUAGACAGGGAACCAGCAGGUGAACACCAAGACACUGAACCAGCAGGUGAACAUUUAGACUGGGAACCGGAACCAGCAGGUGAACACCUAGACAGCGAACCAGCAGUUGAACACCAAGACACGGAACCAUCAGGUGAACACUUAGCCAGGGAAGCUGAACCAGCAGUUGAACACCUAGACAGGGAAUCAGCAGGUGAACACUUAGACAGGGAACCAGCAGGUGAACACCUAAACAGGGAAUCAGUAGGUGAACACUUAGACAGGGAACCGGAAUCAGCAGUUGAACACUUAGAUACGGAACCAGCAGAAGAACACCCAGAGAGCGAACCAGCAAGUGAACGCCAAGACAUGGAAAAAGCAGGUGAACAAUUAGACAGGGAACCGAAGCCUGCAGCUGAACAUCUAGACAUGAAACCAGCAGGUGAACACUUAGACAGGGAACCGGAACCAGCAGGUGAACACCCAGACACGGGACCAGGAGGUGAACACUUAGACAGGGAACCGAAGCCUGCAGCUGAACAUCUAGACACAGGACCAGGAGGUGAACACUUAGACAGGGAACCAGAACCAGCAGGUGAACACCCAGACACGGGACCAGGAGGGGAACACUUAGACAGGGAACUGGAACCAGCAGGUGAACACGUAAAUAGGGAACCGGAACCAGCAGGUGAACACCUAGACUCUGAACCAGGAGGUGAACACUUAGACAGGGAACCAGCAGGUGAACACUUAGACACGGAACCAGCAGGUGAACACUUAGAGAGGGAACCUGAACCAGCAGGUGAACUCUUAGACAGAGAACCGGCAGGUGAACACUUAGACAGGGAACCUGCAGGUGAACACUUAGACAGGGAACCUGCAGGUGAACACCUAGACACUGAACCAGAAGGUGAACACUUAGACAGGGAACCAGCAGGUGAACAUCAAGACAUAGAACCACCAGGUGAACACUUAGACAGGAAACCGGAACCAGCAGGUGAACACUUAGACAGAGAACCGGCAGGUGAACACUUAGACAGGCAACCGGAACCAGCAGUUGAACACUUAGACAGAGAACCGGCAUGUGAACAUUUAGACAGGGAACCUGCAGGUGAACACUUAGACAGGGAACCGGAACCAGCAGGUGAACACUUAGACAGGGAACCAGCAGGUGAACACUUAGACAGGGAACCGGAACCAGCAGGUGAACACUUAGACAGGGAACCGGCAUGUGAACAUUUAGACAGGGAACCUGUAGGUGAACACUUAGGCAGGGAACCGGAACCAGCAGGUGAACACUUAGACAGGGAACCAGCAGGUGAACACUUAGACAGGGAACCGGAACCAGCAGGUGAACACUUAGACAAGGAACCAGAACCAGUGUCGGCAGGAACGCCGGCGUUUUCUGGCGGUGGCGUUGGAGUCCGGCUCCCCGGCUGCGCCGCGCCGGUGGCGGCGCACGGAGCAGACGGCGCGGCCCGUGCCAGGCCUCGCCCCGCCGCACCGCAGGUCGGCGGCGGCCCAGACGCUUCGCUGGCAAACGGCAAGGCCGGAAGCGCCGCGGGAUCGGCGGCCUCGCCGCCCGCGCCGGGAGCGGAGGAGGUCGCCGCUCCCGGCCGGGUGCGGUUCGUCCGCGAGGGCCGGGACGGUGCCGGUGGGGGCGGCCGGCCGGCGAGCCGCGGCUUCUCGUCGGAGUUUGACGGCUGUGUCUGGGAGGAGCUGUACCUCAUCGAGGAAGAGGAGGCCGAAGCGAAGGGUCCUCGGGGUGACGGGAGGGCCCGGGUGGAAGAGGAGAGGGGGAGAGACGAGGAGGAGGAGGAGGAGGCGGGACGGGGAAGCGACCGGGACGAGGAGGAGCAGAAGAAGGUCACGGGGUCGGUAGGCGCAAAGGCGGCGAGCGCGGCGACGGCCGGGCGCGAGAACGGGAUUCGAGCGACGGCGGAGCGCCGGGAAGAUCGGCGCUCCGCCUCGGAGCGGAGGAGGUGGGGGGACGCGCGGGAGGAUGCCGGGAUCCGGAUGGCCGGGGGCGACGAGACGGAGGGCGAGGAUAACGGCCUCGCGUCCGCGACCGCCCUCGCGAGAGAAAUCGUCGCGUCGGUCCUGACUUCGGCUCUCGCCGAGAUCUACGGCACGGGACGCGGCCGCGGCGGCGGCGGCGGCGGCGGCGGCGACGCCGACGCCGCGGGGGCGACGUUCCCCUCCUCGCCGGGGUCGAGCGCGGCGCCGAGCCCGGCCGAGGGGCCCGGGCGGCGGCGCCGCGGGCCGACGGCGGCCGCCGAGGCAACGCGACGGUGA